CAGAGGGGAACCCUUGUUUAGGGACACGGACAGAUUAUUGUGGUGGACUAACAUGGCCGCGCUGAGGAGGGGGAUAUCCUACCUCAGUUUCUUCAGGAGUACUACCCAUAUCUUGUUCAGCAGCUGGAGGCCUGCAGUCCAGAGAUUUGGAAAAUGGACAAACAUUCUGUGCACAUCUUUAACCGUGGGCGGUACGCUGUGUGCCAUCCCUUUUAAACAGGUUGAAAACCUCUCUCAUGACUCCCUAAUCAGAAGAGCAGCCGCUUUAGUAACAGACAGUUCAAGCACUUUUCUCUCUCAGACCACCUUGGCCCUUAUAGAUGCCGUCACAGAGUAUUCAAAGGCUGUGCACACACUCAUUGCUCUACAAAGACGAUAUUUAGCUUCACUGGGAAAACUGACUCCAGCAGAAGAGGAUUCAGUCUGGCAGGUGAUCAUUGGCCAGCGUGCUGAGGUUAAUGACAGACGGGAAGAAUGCGAACGUUUUGAGUCAACCUGGGUCAGUGCAGUUAACCUGUGUGAAAUGUCAGCUGAGGCGGCGUACACUUCAGGAGCUGAGCAGGCAUGCAUCACGGCAAAAACAAACAUUCAGGUGGCCCAGUCGCAGGUGGAGGAGAUUCGAAAACUCGCGGCGGAUGCUGAUAAACAGCUAGCUGAUACUAAAGUAAUGGAGGUAGAAAGGAUGGCACAAUACACUGCCUCUUUGGAGAACAGUAACGAUGAAGAAGAGGUGCCUGAGGCUUACUUAAGAGAGGACUAAAAGGAAAUUUAUACAUUAUGAAAGUAAUGUGGGGUUUAUAACUAUAACCAAAUCAGCAAUAAGCAAGUUUUUAGUAUCUCAAGUAGACUUUGCAGCAUUGUUCACUCUAUAAUUUGUUAUGUUUGAGUACAAAUACAUUGUGUUUAAAUGUGCUCAAAUAAAGUGAAAAGGUGAGAUAUGAAAUCAGAGGAUGGAAGGAAAACAAAUGCCUCUGUAAUUCACUGUUCCCUGUCUGGGCAGUUAAGGGUAACAUUUAUUACCUCCGCCAAGGAGGUUAUGUUUUUGCCAGGGUUUGUUUGUCUGUCUGUCUGUCUGUCUGUCUGUCUGUUUGUUUGUUUGUCCGUUAGUGUGCAACAUAACUCAAAAAGUUAU